AUGCUGGAUCUGGAUCUGAAAAUGGUAGACUACAUCGGCUCAGAGGUUUACGUCACUGUGACCAAAGCUCGCAUGCUGGUGGGCAUACUGGUAGCCACUGAUUCCGAGCUGAAUCUACUGCUGGACAAUGUCGAAGAAAUCAGUGCAAAUUCCACUCGAAAACUGGGUCUCAUCAGCGUCCCACACCCAACGAUACAAUCGAUCCAGAUCAAAGCGGCACAGCUGGCCAGUAUGAAAAAGUCCAAAUCUGCAUAUUUUCAAGAAAUCGUGUGA